AUGUCCUCCUCCGCGGGCAGCACGGGCCUGGCCCGCACGCGAUCCCUGCGCAAGCCCGCCGCCGCGAGCUCCUCCGCCGACAAGGAGGCCCCGAGGAACGCGUCCCCGAGCCGCCUGCCCAUGGCGGCGGGCCCAGGCCGCACUGCCGCCGCCGCCGCCCCUAGCACCAGACAGACCCGGUCCGGCACCGUGGGCACCAACAUCGGGGCCACGCGGCUUGGCAGGUCUGCGUCGGUGAAGCGCGCGGCACCAGAGACGAGCAGCAGUGCUGUGGGCGGCGCCUCUUCGUCCAGGCCGCGGUCCAUGAUCCAGCCCUCUAGCUCGGCCACCACGCGGUCCGCGGCAGCCGCCAGCUCGUCAGCCAUAGGAGGCUCCUCUGCGGCUGCGGCAGGGCCAGCACCGGCACCCAAGAGAAUGCCGACGCACAGCCGGGCCAAGUCGUCGGCCACGGCCCUCACGAGCCAGACCGUGCUGCGGCCUCCAUCACAGACCGGAGCGACGACCACCGCCGCCGCCGCCGGGACCUCAUCUACACGGGCCGGGCCCUCGUCUGGCACCGGCAGCAGGUCGAUGCACCGCAGACAACUCUCUAACGUCGAGACGUCGAGCACACCGCCCCGGACCCGCUCAGCAACGACAAGUGCCGCUACCGCGGCAGUGGCAGUGGGCACAGCAGAACCGCGAGGCCAGAUGCUCCCGCCGUCGCAGCGCCUCGCGCGCCCGGCCUUCAGCACCAUGCAGCAGCACUACUCGCCCGCCAAGUCGCUGGCGCCCAAGCCCCUGACCUCGACCUUCCUGGCGCCGCCCUCGCCCUCCAAGUUGCCGGCCAACGUGGCCGUGGGCGCCGAGACGGCCCGCCUGCAGACGGAGCUCCUGCAGCUGCACCUGCUGCACCGGGACGCGGCGCCCGUCGACGCGCAGUGGCGAGCCGGCGCGCGGCACAGCCUGGGCCGCCGGUUCGGGGACCUGGCGCGCGAGGCCGAGGCCGUGGGGCGCGAGGAGGCGCGGGCCCUCGAGGGCCGGAACGCGGCGGCCCUGUGCCGGGCGUGGGGGCGCGACGGGGGCGAGGCCGCGCUCGGGGAGAGGGUGCGGGUGCUGGGCGAGGUCGUCUCGGGGGUGUGGGCGCUCGGCGAGCCCGGGGCGGGCAAGUACCCGCGCGUCGUGAGGCGGUUCGAGCGGUGGAUGCAGAAGAUGGCCGAGGUGGUCCGGCGGCGGCGGUGGCGGGAGGGGGAGCAGGGCCCCGAGGGACUGUUCGGGGAUGUUGUGGAGGGUGGCGACGGCGACGACGGCGACGGGAUGCCGCUCUUCAUCGGGGAGCUGGAUGCGUCGUGGAGGGACGAGUGCGCCGCGCUGGCGAGGAAGCUGGACGGCUGGAGGCGGCUGCUGCGCGAGCUGGGGGACAACCUCCCUGAGGACGAGGACGAGGACGACGCCGACGCCGACGCCGACGAGCGGUCGAGCCUGGCGCAGAUGGUGGGCGGGUGCCGGAGCCUGGUCCACGACAUGCUGGCCGAGCUGCACGUCAUGGAGGAGAUUGAGCGCGAGGCGCUGCGACAGGAGAACGAGUGGAUACGCAGGAUGAAUGCGGACGAGGAGGAGCCGCGCCGCGACGCCCACAGGGCGGGCGCUGUUUGGCGGGUCUUUUGA